AUGCCAUCCUCUAAAUCAGAUCGAAAGACUCCCCAGCUAGGCAGCGAUGACCUAGUACCUUUCGACCAUGUUGCUGCUGGACAUGACGGAGUCCGUCGGACCCUGGAAGGGUCCUUGAUCGUUAAACCAUGCACAAAACAAGAGAUCGACUUCUACGAGUCCAGUCCCAACCACCAAGCCAUCCAGGAAUUCAUGCCCUUAUUCAUCGGCUCUCUCUCCUCUGCUGAGUCUCAACAACCGCUGGUGAUUGCUGCAGCCCAGCAAUCCGGUGCCGUUUUCCUCCCAGCUCCAGGAAACCCUCCGACGGAAUCCGCCUGUCCUGCCGAAUCAGCCACACCGACAUACCCUCUUACUGCUAUCACACCUGUACCUGUACCUGUACCACACCAAGGGAGAACAGAGGAGACAUGGGUUCCCUCCGGCGGAAAGAAGCUAGAAACCGGAUUGUCGAUUGUAUUGGAGAAUGUGGCGUCGGGGUUUCGGAGACCGAACGUACUAGAUGUGAAGCUUGGGGCGCGUCUAUGGGCUGAUGAUGCGCCACCGGCAAAACGCUCCAAACUAGAUGCCGUGUCGAAGGAGACUACGAGUUCGAGUUUGGGAUACCGGAUUGCGGGGAUGAAGGUGUGGACUGGUGAAGAUGGUGAGACAGAUGCUGGUUCCAGGACGAAUCCUUACGCGACGAAAUAUGAAGGUGCGGAGGGUGCGAUGGGUGAGAUCGUGGAGAAGAAUGGAUAUCGACGAUAUGGUAAAUGGUAUGGACGGUCGUUCAAUGAGCGGAAUGUUAAGGAAGGUUUUGAAACAUUCCUCGCGGGUGCGAAGGCUGGCUCCGUGGAUCGGUCGAAAAUGCUUGCGAAGAGACUCGUGGAGGAAUUGAAAAAUGCCCAGCUCGCUUUGGAAUCCGAGGAGAGUCGGAUGUACUCGUCAAGCGUACUGGUUGUUUAUGAAGCGGAUCCAGAUGCGAUGGAGAUUGCUUUGGAAGAAGAGAAGAGAAUCUCUGAGCAAGAACCUGUGGAUCAGGAAGAUGAAGAUGAGGAGGAUGAGGAUGAGGAGAUCGGAUUCGAAAUCAAUGAAGAUGAAUUGGAGCUGGUGGAUGUGCAUCUCGGUGAGGGCAUGCCUCAGAAGGCCAUAAAUAUCAGCAUCGAUCCACAAUCUGUCCCAAUGGCAGAUCUUGAUGACGAGGAAGAUGAGGAUGAAACUCCGAAGGUUCAUGAUCUACGAUUGAUCGACUUUGCACAUGCAACAUGGACGCCUGGCGAAGGGCCAGACGAGAAUAUGCUGAUGGGAAUCCGCAAUCUCAUCAAGGUGUUUGAGGAAUUGGCAGAGUGA